AUGGUGGUAUCAUGGAUCCAACGUUCCAUCUCCGACAACAUAUCUCAAUCUUUUUUAUGGAUUGAUCAUGCACAUGCAUUUGGAAGAAUAUGGAGACCCGCUUUUUUUCAAGGUGAUAUCUUCAAAAUUCCCGAUUUUCAAAAUGUUCUCACCAACCUCAACCAAGUAACUUUGGAUGUCUCUACCUACUUUACAAAUCUUAAUUAUAUUUGGGAACAUAUUGAUUCCUUUCUUCCCACUCGUGAUUGCACCUGUGUAAUGCCUUGUACAAGCGGUGCUACCUUUGAUCUUCAUGAAUACAAAUAUAAAGACAAUGUCAUCAAGUUCCGUAAGGGACUCACAAAUCAAUUUUUAACCGUUCACUCCCAAAUAUUGUUGCUUGAUCCUCUCCCACCUUUGGACAUAACCUUUUCAAUGGUUCUAGGUCAAGAACGUCCCUCCACCAUUCCCAUUUCUAAUUAUCAUGAACAUUCUCUAGUCAUGCACUUUCAACCAUCCAAAAAUUCUAGGGGAGCCAGAGGACACAAUUCUUUCCGUGCUCGUGGUUGUGGGCACUCAAACAGUGGUCAUGGUUCUACCUCUCAUCGUGUUUGCACCCACUGUGGUCGCACUAAUCACACAGUGGAGACUUGCUUCAUGAAACACGAAAAUCUACUAGGUUACCACUAUAAGAGUCAAAAGCCUUUCAUCAAUAAUGCCACUUCUUCCACCCAUAUUGAGGUUCCCACUGAUUCUCCUGUUGAUUCUCAACAUUCCAUUGCCACCAUUCAGAACCAAUACAUUCAAAUCCUUCAAAUUCUUCAACAUCAACAAUUUACCUCCAUUACUCUCACUCCUUUUAAUGGUGUUUCUAUUCCUCAUGUUAAUUAUGUUUCUACUUUCAUCGAUGGUAAGCCACAUUUAUAUUAG